AUGAACUUCUUUAAUGUGCAGAUAGACCCAGUCUUGGUAAGAAUAGUUGAAGGAUGGGGGAAAGGCAUGUCGGUGUAUUGGAGUUUGCUGCACGAUCUUAAUUUUGGGUAUUUAAUCUAUCUAAAGGGGGACGAGCCUUGUAGUCACAAGCCUGGCCUGGUGAAUGUUCAUCCUUCUUCUUGGGCAGUGCCUAUCUGUUUUGGAGGCCCGGCAACUGGACGGUACGUUCCACUUUGGGGUGAGAUUGAAGUGAAUGAGAAGAGAUGGGAAAUACGUGUGCUGGAUAUAAUUGGACAAUUUGCAACCUUAUCGGAGUUUUUGGUUUGGCGUGACUUCUUGCUGUGGGGGUCACAAGAAGGGAAUUUGCUUAAUCUAAGUGUUUCCUUUGUGGGGGGAGAUCCGCUGCAUAAAUUGUCUAUCUAUGAUGGGUACUUUGAUUUUGAAAAGUGGGAGCAUGGAGUUGAGCUGAAUAAUACUGAUAUGCUAGAGGCGAAUCGGAGCUUAGUAGAUCUUGCUUAUUUGUCCGACCAAUCGGUAAAGAGUAUACCUAUUCGUGAUGCAAGUCACUGUGCAAAAAGGGAGUACUACAAUCUACAGACGUACUUGAAGAGUAUUUGGUGGCAUCCAGGUAGAGAGAAGAUUACUGCUGAAGCCGGAGAUAAGGAAAUCUUUCAUGUUGUUGUUUUUGAUAAGUUCUACAAAUAUACAGGGCGUAAGCUUUCUUCAGCUGGUGAGUGUCGGUCAAUGGAAAGUAUCGACUGUCUGUGCAAGGCCUUUACUAUUGAGGACGGAUUUGUGGAUUAUGUCUAUGCUAGCCGACCAGAGGAUUACUUGAAACAAAGAAGAAAGCUUCUCACUCUACUGACUAAAAACUUCCCUCUACUGGAGAAGUACUAUGAGCUUUAUUUAAGGCGAUUCCCAAGUUUGGCCGAACGAAUAGACAAUUUCUAUCCCUUCAUGACCCGUGAUAGACAGCUGCUGGAUGAACUAGGAAAGUUUAUGCCGGAAGAGAAUAGUAUAGCCUUUAAGAUGCUAAUUAUGGCCGUUUCCGAACACCAAAUGAUUAGAUACAUUUCUGACCGAGCGGGUAUUCGCUUCUUUAUUCGAUCAUCUGCACCAAGUAACUGGCAUGCCUUAGAUAAGCACAACGGACUUUAUAUCAUUCAGCUUGACCAGGCAUACACCGUGCAUUUCCGGCCACAAACAGCCGCCGAUCUACCCGCCAUUCUCUUUGAGCUACACAAGAACCUACUCCAGCGCAACAAUGCCAUUAGCACCUGUUUAACCCCGCCAUUCAAGUACAUGGUCCAAAUGCACAUUCUAGCCAAACACAUUCUUGUCUUUGACUAUAACCAAGAGACAGCUUGUCUUCCUUCUGACUACUCUAUUCCGGCCAUGAAAACAACCAUCGGCCGGAUCUUACAAAUUGGCGAGAACCAUAAUGAAACCGAGUGCAACCCAACCCAAACUUACUUCUCAUGUUUUGCCCUAUCUCUCUUCCUUAUGUCUUAUCUCUCCUACAGCCCGCGCACUCUGCUCUUAUUCGCCCAAAAAUGGGCUACUUACAACAAAACAGAUACUAACGCCCUACGCAUAGUUCUAACCCACCUAAGAAGACUUGCACCGGCUUGCCAAGACCACUUCCCUGCGCAUCAAGUUAACUCCUAUGUCAAGCAAGUCUGGGGCAACUUACCUCUAACCCAAAAGUUCCCCAACUACUUCAAAGCCAAGCAUACUUCACUUGUUGAGAAUCUAACUAAGGAAAAGUCCCAAUUUCCUAGUGUUCUUACUUUCCUGAGUGCUACUCUAGUAAUUGCCACCGAGCACUUCUGGCCUCGUGAUAAGAUCUGGGACCGUGCAUUUAUGUGCCGUCCUGAUAUCACCCACAUUGUGCCCUGGUUCCGCAUUGUCAUCCGCUUAAUUCCUUUUGAUGUGAUUACUCUCUAUGUUCUCAAACUUCAUUUAUUCACCCGCGAUGCCUACUAUGCCGCUACUCAAAUACGCCACCCCAAAGUAGACGAAUACCGCCAGAUUUACAACCAAGCCAUCUCUACUAUCAUUGAGAAGUACGAUCCCGAAAACACUCCAGGCCCAACCGUUGAGAAUCCUAAUGCCCCGCCUAUUACUUUUGAUCAGUAUAACUCCUUAACCAAUAGUCUCAAAGCCGCUUUAGCCCAGCCUCCCAUCCGGGUUAGUAUUGGGUUUUUGGCCUUCUCCCUUCUCAAUGAGUAUCUGCUCUUCUUACUUCUCUACGAGUACCUCAAGAAGGUUUUCGUAGUUGGUAACUCAGCCCGCGCUCUAAGACCUUGUUUAUCCUUCUACGCCAACAAUUUCAAUGUCUUCCUGCUAACUCUAACGACCGGCCAACACAUCUUCUACACAGUCCAUCGCAAUGCCAUUCUUGACUCUCUCCUACGCCUCAAAUCAUGCUGUCUCAGUCUCUUCUACUACCAUGAAGAAUCAAAAGAAACCACCGGAACCAGCAUGUUCUCACCCAAAGACAUCGCCAUUCUACUUAAAGCUCUACAUUUCACCGAGUUAGUUCGGUUUGCCAAAGAAGUCCCAAUUCCUCCCUAUGCCCAAUACCCACCCUUUGACCCCUCCCAGCCCAUCGACCUAGUCAAACUCGAAAGCGAGCAAAAUACCCAUGAAGCCACUGUCUUCCUCUUCCGAGUACUAAGAUACUAUCACCCCCACGUCUUCGGCUUCCAAGAGCUCUAA